GUAGAAGAAGCGUUUCCGUUGUAUUUGGUUAGCAGGCUGCAGGAGACGGGAUGUUGUCUUUCAAAAAGUGAUUGAAAAGAUUAUUGUUAAAUUGGUCUCAAGAGCUUGAGUUGGAACAGAAGUGGAUUUGUAAGCGUGUACUAUAGCUAAGUGACAUUUGGCCGAUUUCACCCACACCUUCCCUGUCACGAAAUGAGCAGUACAACACAGAGGAAGAGAAGGACUGGAGCCCCCUCAAGUUCCAGACGCACAGCCAAGAGUAGCAGAGUCACCACCACUGUGCCACCUCGUGCAGCAGCCGCUGCUGAGACCAUUGCUGUGCUGGAGAGCAGCAGGACUAGCAGUGAGGAGGUGGUGGACUUGACAUGUGAAGGUUCUGAUCCAACUGUGGUUGACUUGACCAACAAUGAUUCUGUGGUGGUUUUCGAUGAAGGGCUUCGGGGCAGACGUGGAGCUGGCGGUGAGAGUUACGUGCUGAGCAGUGAUGAGGAGGGGGAUACCAAUGGAGGCCUCAGUGCUGACCUCCUAUCCUCUCUACAGGCCAGCAGUAGUGCCAGGUCUACCCCAGGUACAGUCAGCUGCCCAGUGUGUAUGGAUGCCUAUGCUGAGAUCAUUGAAAGUGGGAGACUAGUGGUCUCCACAAAAUGUGGUCACCUGUUCUGCAGUCAGUGCCUCCGCGACUCACUGUCGAGAUCCCACACUUGCCCAACCUGCAGAAAGAAACUCACCCACAAGCAAUACCACCCCAUAUACAUCUGACACCAAACACCCAUGAGAUUCAUCCACUGGUUUCACCCUCUCCAAACCUGUAACACUUUUAAUCAUACCUGACUAUAUCACUGCCCCCUACUGGACAUAAGCAUACCCUUUUCUUUCACAUACACAUCUGACCGAUGUUUCUUCUACAUGACUCACUCUUAUGCCAGCACACAUUCACCUACAUUUUUUGACAGUUCUUCCACCUAUUACUGCUGGUCAUUCAUUUCAUAGUAAUCAGAUCGUUGUGGAUCUCCAUUACCAGUGACCACAACCAAGAAAAUAACUAAGCUCAGAAGCUAUAUUCCCUUUGAUCAGAUACUGUUUGAAUUAAAUGCCACAUUUUAAAUUGUAUUUUCAUUUAGCAACUGUUAUCUUGCGCUUUUUAUUUUGUAAUAUCUUAAGUCACAUGUUGUGUUGAUGGCAAUCACAUGUGAAUGGCACUUAAGUUGCACUAUGCAGAAAUCGCGACAACAUUUCCUGGUUGCUAGCUCUUAAUAGUUUGCCUAAUUUCAGUUUGUGACAAAAUAAGCUAGUAUAGUGUAGAGAAUCAUUGCACCAUCUAAACCGCUGUGAAAUAUAUUUUCCAUAACCAAAAAUAUUGUUUCAGCUUUUUUAAGCUGGUGUACAAAACUGAAAGCAAAAUACUUAAGAACGGGAAGCAUAGAAAUAGUGCAUAUAGAACAGAUCUACUGCUUCUUAGACUUUCAAGUAGAAUGAUAGAUCUAUAACCCACAUUUCUAUGUGAAUUUGGUCUGGUUGCCCAAAAAGUUACAUAUUGCCACUAAUGACAAUGAGGAGACUCUUAACUCAAGUAGAAAUGUCUGAUUUAUUGCUGCUUAGUAGGUGGAUGUCUGAAUGGUGGGUGUUGCUUGAAUUUGGACAUCACCAUUGUUGUAAAUAAUGUUGUGUAUGUAUGUGUGGAUAGAUAAAUAAAGGAUCAGUUAAUUUAAGGUUCAAUAAAAAUGUUGAUUCAAA